AUGACAGCAAAACAUAGAAAUUUGCCAAAUAUACUAAUAACGGGCACUCCGGGCGUAGGUAAAUCAACUAUUUCCAAAUUGCUAUCUGAAAGAAUUAAAUAUCCAUGGAGAGAAGUUUCAAAACUUGCUGAAGAGUACAGUUGCUUAGAUGAGUAUGAUCCAGAAUAUCAGUGCCCUUUUCUAAAUGAAGAUAAGUUAUUGGAUAUCAUGGAAGGCAUGAUGGCAAAGGGCGGCAACAUUGUUGACUAUCAUGGCUGCGAGUUUUUCCCUGAGAGGUGGUUUGACGGUGUGUUUGUUAUAAGAGCAAAUAAUACUACAUUAUAUGACAGAUUGUCAGCCAGAGGAUACACUGGAAAAAAAUUAGAGGACAACAUACAGUGUGAAAUAUUUGAGACAUUGUUGGAGGAGGCCCAAUCUUCAUACAAACCAGAAAUAGUCCAAGAGCUGCAGAACAACACUGAGGAGCAAUUGCACAGUAAUGUGGAAGGAAUUGUACAGUGGAUAGAGAGGUGGAAGGAAGACAAUAUAUAAAUUUUACUGUACAAAUUAAAUUCGUAUUUAUUUAUCGUGAU